AUGGUUUUCUGCGCUUUUGUUCACAGAUGCAACAACAGGACUCAGUGCAUUGUCAUCACAGGGUCCGACGUCUUUCCUGACCCCUGCCCCGGAACUUACAAAUACCUGGAGGUUCAGUACGAAUGUGUCCCUUACAUUUUCGUGUGUCCGGGGACGCUGCGGGGGAUCGUGGAGUCGGCGUACGUGACGGAGGCGGAGCAGCAGUCCGGAGCGUGGUGCAAGGACCCGCUGCAAGCCGGAGACAAGAUCUACUACAUGCCCUGGACUCCGUACCGCACGGACACCUUGAUGGAGUACGCGUCGCUGGACGACUUCACGUCGGGGCGCCACACCACCACCUACAAGCUGCCGCACCGCGUGGACGGCACCGGCUUCGUGGUGUACGACGGGGCGGUCUUCUUCAACAAAGAGCGCACCAGGAACAUCGUCAAGUACGACCUGAGGACCCGCAUCAAGAGCGGCGAGGCCAUCAUCGCCAACGCCAACUACCACGACACCUCUCCCUACCGCUGGGGCGGCAAGUCCGACAUCGACCUGGCGGUGGACGAGAACGGCCUGUGGGUCAUCUACGCCACGGAGCAGAACAACGGCAUGAUGGUGGUCAGCCAGCUCAACCCCUACACCCUGCGCUUCGAGGGCACCUGGGACACCUCCUACGACAAGAGGUCGGCCUCCAACGCCUUCAUGGUCUGCGGCGUACUCUACGUGGUGCGCUCCGUCUACGAGGACAACGAGAGCGAGACCGGCAAGAACUCCAUCGACUACGCCUACAACACCAACCUGAACAGGGAGGAGUAUGUGGACAUCCCCUUCCCCAACCCCUACCAGCACGUGGCCUCCGUGGAUUACAACCCACGCGACAACCUGAUAUAUGUCUGGAACAACUACUUCAUCCUGAGGUACAUCCUGGAGUUUGGACCUCCAGACCCAGCCCAAGUGCCCACCACGGUGGAGACCACGUCCCUGGGCGUGACGCUCGCCAGGACCACCGCGCCCACCACCACCACCACCCUCGGCGACAGAGCGUUGGCAACCACCACCCUGGGGGCCAGGGCCAAGGAGGGCAGCCAGGGCCCCCGGCCGGGCCCCAGAGAAACCCCCACCAAGCCGCCCCCAGUGCUGGCAUGCCUGGGUCCCCCGAACCGAGAGUUUCUGCGCUGGAUCAACGGAGGCCCGAGGCAUUGGGCUAGCCUGGAUGGCCAGAGGCUGAACCAUGGUUCUACACCGGAUCACCAUGUCCGAAAGGCACGCGAGACACAAACUGCUGGAGUAACUCAGCGGGACGGGCGGCAUCUCUGGAGGGAAGGAAUGGGUGACGUUUUGGGUGGGGAACCCUUCUCUGCUUCUUGUCUUGUUCUCCGUGGCACACGGAGGGAGGCCGGUCAGAGGCUGAUCUCUGUCCAUCUUUUUGCAGGCACGGUGACCUUCCUGUGCGUGGGAUCCACGGGCAUCUGGAACGCAAGGGGCCCGGACCUCAGCAACUGCACCUCGCACUGGGUGAACCAAGUGGCGCAGAAGAUCCGGAGUGGGGAGAAUGCCGCCAACUUGGCUAACGAGCUGGCCAAGCACACCAAGGGGCCCAUCUACGCGGGGGAUGUGAGCUCGUCCGUGCGACUGAUGGAGCAGCUCGUCGACAUACUGGACGCCCAGCUCCAAGAGCUACGUCCGAGCGAGAAAGACUCCGUGGGGCGCAGCUUCAACAAGCUCCAGAAAAGAGACAAGACGUGCAGAGUGUACAUCAAGGCCAUUGUGGACACGGUGGACAACCUGCUGAGACCGGAGGCUCUGCAGUCGUGGCGGGACAUGAACACGACGGAGCAAGCCCACGCCGCCACGCUGCUGCUCGACACGCUGGAGGAAGGCGCCUUCGUCCUGGCUGACAACCUCAUCGAGCCCACCACAGUCACCGUGCCCACCGAGAACAUAGUUCUGGAGGUGGGCGUGCUCAGUACAGAAGGACAGGUGAAGGACCUGAAGUUCCCUCAGGGCUACAUGGGAGGAAACUCCAUCCAUCUAUCGGGUAACACCAUCAAGCAGAACAGUCGGACAGCCAAGUUGGUCUUCACGUUGUACAAGAGCCUGGGGCAGUUCCUCACCACGGAGAACGCCACCAUCAAGAUGGCGGGGGACGGCGCCCGCAACUACACCUACGCCGUCAACUCGCACAUCAUCGCCGCCUCCAUCAACAAGGAGUCCAGCCGCAUCUACGUGACCGACCCCGUGGUCUUCACCCUGGAGCACAUCGACCCGGACAACUACUUCAAUGCAAACUGCUCGUUCUGGAGCUACUCGGAGCGAACAAUGAUGGGAUUCUGGUCCACCCAGGGCUGCAAGCUCAUCGACACCAACCGAACACAUACCAAGUGCGAGUGUCGGCACCUCACCAACUUCGCCAUCAUCAUGGCCCAUAAAGGAGUUGAGUUUGCCAACGGGAUCCACGAGCUGAUUCUGUCGAUUAUCACCUGGGUGGGAAUAGUCAUCUCCCUGGUGUGCCUGGCCAUCUGCAUCUUCACCUUCUGCUUCUUCCGCGGCCUCCAGAGUGACCGCAACACCAUCCACAAGAACCUCUGCAUCAACCUCUUUGUGGCCGAGUUCAUCUUCCUGGUGGGCAUCAACAAGGUCAACUACCAGAUCGCCUGCUCGGUAUUUGCUGGGGUGCUUCACUUUUUCUUCCUGGCCGCCUUUGUGUGGAUGUGUCUGGAAGGGGUGCAGCUCUACCUCAUGCUGGUGGAGGUCUUCGAGAGUGAGUAUUCGCGGAAGAAGUACUUCUACCUCUGCGGCUACCUCAUCCCCGCCAUCAUCGUCGGAGUCUCGGCGGCAAUCGACUACAAGAGCUACGGCACCAAGAAAGCCUGCUGGCUCCGAUACGACAACCACUUCAUCUGGAGUUUCAUUGGGCCCGUGACGUUCAUCAUUGCGGUCAACAUCAUCUUUCUGAUCAUCACAAUCUACAAGAUGGUGAAGCAUACCCCCACGCUGAAACCAGACUCCAGCAGAUUGGAGAACAUCAAGUCCUGGGUCCUGGGAGCAUUUGCCCUCCUGUGCCUGCUGGGCCUGUCAUGGGGUUUCGGCCUACUCUUCAUCAACGAGGAGUCGAUUGCCAUGGCCUACCUCUUCACCAUCUUCAACACCUUCCAGGGAAUGUUCAUUUUUAUAUUUUACUGCGCUCUCCAGAAAAAGGUGCGCAAGGAGUAUAUCAAGUGUUUCCGCCACGCCAACUGCUGCAACCGGCUGACCACAGAGACCUCCCACAGUUCAACCAAACCAUCCACCAACAGGACCAGUGCUCGCUACUCCUCCGGCAGUCAGAGUCGGAUCAGAAGGAUGUGGAAUGACACAGUGAGAAAGCAAUCAGAAUCUUCCUUUAUCUCAGGUGAAAUCAACAGCACCUCGACACUAAACCAAGGACAUGCACUGACCAAUGGGCGGGAUGCAAGUACGAUGGAUACUCUACCACUUAGCGGCAACUUUAACAACAGCUACUCCAUCCAGAACGGUGACUUUGUGGGCGACAGCGUGCAGGGCCUAGACUGCGGCCUGAGCCUGGGCGACACGGCCUUCGAGAAGAUGAUCAUCUCCGAGCUGGUGCACAACAACCUCCGCGCCGGAGGCCUCAAGGCCCAGGGGGGCGAGCGAGGCCCGCCCGCCAAGAUGGCCGCCCCCAGAGACGGCGGGGGGAGCGGCAGCGAGGACGACGCCAUCGUGGCCGACUCCUCCUCGUCCCUGGCGAGGGGCGAGGGCCGGCACCCCGAGCUGGAGGCCCCGCUCAUCCCGCAACGCACCCACUCCCUCUUGUACCACCAACAGAAGCGGGGGCAGCCCCCGACACCGCCCCCGCCCCCCCGCCGCGCCCCCCGGGGCCGAAGACGCGCACUCCCCCAACCGGGACUCCCUCUACACCAGCAUGCCCAACCUGAGAGACUCGCCCGACCCCGACAACGGGCCCCGCCGCGGAGACCAAGGCGAAGAAGAACUCUCGCCGUCCAAGAGGAGCGAGGCCGAGGACCUUUACUACAAGAGCAUGCCCAACCUCGGCGGGGCAAACCACCUCCAAACGUACUAUCAGAUCAGCCGGGGAAACAGCGAUGGGUACAUUCUCCCGGUAAACAAGGAGGACUUGAUCCCGGAGGGGGAUGUGAGGGAACGACAGAUGCAACUGGUAACCAGUCUGUGAAACCCUAGCGUUGAGGACUCGCCUGACAAGAUAAGAGACGGACUAAUGGACCUCUUCUGGUUCCUGGACCCUUCUGUGUGCGAGGGGAGGGGCCCCCGUGCGUCUGUUGACAAUGUACAGGAAAGUUCGCUGGGUCCCGCAGAUAUGGGGAGAACGUUUUUUUGUUUGUUGGGGGGAUGGGGGGGGGUUGGUGAAGAAACAAGACUCUUUCUCUCCGCUGAAACCAUUGUUCGGUUCGCCAGAAAACCCAGGUCUAUUGUCCGCUCCCGACCUCUGGGAGACGGCGGGAGAGACUGUGGCCAUUCAGAUACAAAAAACGGUGUUGAAAUCGGUCGUGUCGCUGUGUAUAUAAUCGCACCUUGCCGCCCCUCCCUCUUCCCACCCCAAAUCCAAGCCUCAGAUCCCCAACCCCGGCCCGUUCCGUGUUAUAUAAUGAAGAAGAAGUUGUCUACAGUAUCUUAGAGAUCCCAGGAAGGCUCCGCCAAGCUCCGGGUGGGACUGUCGGCCGACUUCCGGAAGCCAUUUGCGCUCCCACUCAACGGAGCGCAAGGCCCAGCCAGGCUUGGCCUCCAAAGCUCACCUUUGCUCAGCUGUAUAGUUACCUGUUCUCACCUGACAAACAGCCUAAAGAAAAUAUAUUUUGUUGUAAUGCUAGUGUAAAAUAAAAUCAAAUACGUUGUCGGACCCAAAUAUAAGAGAGUUUUAAACGGAAUACAUUUGAUGAAAAUAUUGUGUGGAACUCCCUGAUGCACAAAUGAUUAAAACAAAAUGUGGGGGGUUUUUUUCCAGGACUUUCCAUUGUGCAAAUUAAGCCAAAAGUCUCUCAAUUUUUUUGUUUCUGCGUUAUAACAGCCUCUUGGUUUUUUUUUCAAAAUAAAAAAAGGUUUCUCACCU